AUGCCUGUUGCUGUGAGCUCCACCAGCGCCGCCGAUACUGGUGAGCUAGUACGCCAGACGUCCGCAAUGGAGAUUAAUGCACAGCCAUGGUUAGAGAGCACCCACAAGCGUCAGCUUCAUGAGAUUCAGACGCUGAAAGAGAUUUCCCUCGGCAACUGUCGUCUUCUUUACGGCAGCGAGCGAUUCAAGUUCUACGGUAAAGCCCUCGCACCAAUGCUGAACACCGGAAUUGACACGAGGCUAGAUAUCGUCAUCUGCGAGGAUGAAGGCACCAAAAGAUUCGCUGCUAUUCUAACAUGCAAUCAAGACGGCCAGACAAAGCUGUUGCGCACCGAGUUGAGCGGGUGUCCUGUCGUGGCGGUUCGCACUCUGGUGGAUGGUCUUCAAAAAGACACAGCCAAGCUAUUUCUCAAGUACGCAGUGGGUUCGCAGAUUCGAGGCCAGCAAGGAUUCACCAACAAGGACACUGGCAAGUUCGAGUUGUGGGACGAGGCACAGGAGAAGCGUAUUCGUGGUCCUGACGACGACACGCAGGGCCUUGUUCGUAGCUGGAGUGACGCACCCGGUGCUGAUGGUCGGCCCUCUUCAGAUCGCCGUGGCGAUGGCUAUCAUGGUCGGUACAACAAACGCUCGAGGCCUGUUGAACGCCCGGAGAAGCCCAUGGUUGAGGCGGAGAUUACUGAUCUCGAUUACUAUGACUAGUAAGAGAUGAAGGACUGGGAUACUAUCCAUGUAUUAGACGUCCAGGAGGAUGAGAGUCUCGGAUAGAGUCCGAUCAGACAUUACUUUCUGUCCUUACUCUAUACUAAAGCUUCAUCGUAAAGACUUCCACUCAGCGAUCGUCAAUGUCAUGGCAAACUUCGAAAUCUCGCAGGUUUCUCAAUUGGUUUACAAUGAUCCUGGAACAGUGGGAUUGAUACGGAGGUUCUGAUAUGUUGGGCCAGAUACU